AAAGUAAAAUCUAAAGAAAAUUAAAGUAUUCUUCUUACAUGCCGCGGAUUUUAUCGGUGCGGAUUCUGGGGCCACAAAAUCCGAACGACCGAAAAAUAGUGAACUAGAGGGCUUCAAACGAAACUUCUGUGUGGGGCCCGCUUCGGCCAUGGCGUCUUCCCAGUUUCACAGCACUCCACCCUGCAAUUCCUGCAUUUCUUUUUGAAUUAGGUCAAGAUUUCUGUGUCUGUCUGUGUGUCUCUCUCUAUCAAACCACCAAUGGCCGCCACGUACAGCUCUCUAGAAACUCACAGACGACUCGCCGCCAUAACCACCAAGCUUCCCUCGCCCCGCCACUGUUCUCUAACCAUCGCCGAAAGAUCCUCGCGGCUAGCGAUGGUGAAUAACGGAAGAGCUGAGGGCAGGAUGGGAAUUUCGCUCAAGUGCAGCAAUGCGUAUGGCCCUGUGAUUGAAGAGAGCGACAGCGAUUGUGAGAAAUACAAUUGCAUGGAGGACGAGCAGUUCGUGCGGUGGUUUCGGGAGGCUUGGCCCUACUUGUGGGCCCACCGCGGCGGCACCUUCGUGGUGAUCCUAUCGGGUGAAAUGGUUUCUAGCCCUCACUUGGGCCCAAUUCUGAAGGAUAUAGCUUUUCUCCAUCACCUGGGGAUCAGGUUUGUUCUUGUGCCAGGGACCCAUGUGCAAAUUGAUGAACUUUUGACUGAGAGGGGAAAGAAGCCAAAGUUUGUUGGUCCGUACAGGGUGACCGACUCAGACUCUCUAACAGCUGCGAAGGAAGCGGCUGGGGCGAUAUCUGUGAUGAUAGAGGCAAAGCUUUCUCCAGGACCCUCCAUAUGCAAUAUUCGUCGACAUGGUGACAGUAGUCGAUUGCAUGAAGUUGGUGUCAGUGUAGAGAGUGGUAACUUUCUUGCAGCCAAGAGAAGAGGAGUCGUUGCAGGUGUUGAUUAUGGGGCAACAGGUGAAGUCAAGAAAGUUGAUGUUUCUCGCAUGCGUAAGAGGCUCAAUGAUGAUUGUAUUGUGAUUUUGAGCAACCUGGGUUAUUCCAGCUCUGGAGAAGUUUUAAAUUGCAACACAUAUGAAGUUGCAACAGCUUGUGCCUUGGCUAUCGAAGCAGAUAAACUUAUCUGCAUAAUAGAUGGCCCAAUUCUUGAUGAGAGUGGACGCCUUAUUCGCUUCUUGACUCUUGAAGAAGCAGACAUGUUGAUUCGUAGGCGUGCUAAGCAAAGUGAGAUAGCAGCUAGUUAUGUGAAAGCUGUUGAUGAAGAAAAUCUGUCUGGGCUUGGACAUGAUGAUCCUAAUGCUACUCAACAGAAUGGAAAUGCUCUCAAAGGAAGGUACACCACAAUGUUUCACAAUGGUGUUGGCUUUGACAAUGGGAGUGGCUUGUGGUCGGGUGAACAAGGUUUUGCUAUUGGAGGUCAUGAGCGGCAAAGUCGAUUAAAUGGUUACCUUUCCGAAUUGGCUGCUGCAGCCUUUGUUUGCAGGGGAGGUGUUCAAAGAGUUCAUCUGUUAGAUGGCACGAAAGGGGGAGUUUUAUUGUUGGAAUUGUUUAAAAGAGACGGAAUGGGGACUAUGGUGGCUAGUGACCUUUAUGAAGGAACCCGGAUGGCGAGGGUAUCAGACCUCUCUGGAAUAAGACAAAUUAUACUACCGUUAGAAGCAUCUGGCACAUUGGUUCCGAGAAGUGAUGAAGAGCUACUUCAAGCUUUGGAUUCCUUCAUUGUGGUGGAAAGAGAAGGCCAGAUCAUUGCAUGUGCUGCUCUUUUUCCUUUCCAAGAGGAUAGAUGUGCAGAGGUUGCUGCUAUUGCAGUUUCUCCUGAUUGUCGCGGUCAAGGGCAGGGAGAUAAGUUACUCGAUUACAUCGAGAAGAAGGCAUCUUCUCUUGGAUUGGUGAAGCUUUUCUUGCUUACAACCCGCACUGCAGAUUGGUUUGUGAGACGCGGUUUUUCAGAAUGUUCAAUUGAAUCGAUACCAGAGAAGCGUCGAAGGAAAAUUAAUCUGUCUCGUAAAUCCAAGUAUUAUUCGAAGCAGUUGUUACCUGAUACUAGCGGAAUUACUGUUAAUAGGGCGUUCACUUGAGGUUAAAAAUGAUGCUGGCAACUCCCCGUCAGGGGGUUAGCAGCUGAAUUAUGGAAGUGUUUUUGAGUUGCGAGUUUUGUAUCUUGACUAGAAGUCUGGAAUAAUUUAAUAGGGCGUUUCACUUGAGGUUAAAAAUGAUGCUGGCAACUUCCCUUCCGGGGUUUAGCAGCUGAAUUAUGGAAGUGUUUUUGAGUUGCGAGUUUUGUAUCUUGACUAGAAGUCUGGAAUAAUGCAAAAUAUGAUUUAUCCUAUAAUUGUCUAUAUUAAAAACGUAAAAAAGAGGCAGUGGGUUUGUGGUAUUAUUCAUGCUUAUGUUGGGGAUUGGGUCAGUGGGUUUGCUGCGAACCUAGGGAAAGGACAGAUCCUGGAGGCUGAAGUUUUGGGGGGUUUUUUCGGGUUGAAGCUUGCGAUUGACAAAGGUAUUAGAAACCUUGUGGUAGAAAUGGAUUCUGCUACUGUUCACUUUAUUCAGAAGCCUUCUUUGCUUGCUCAUCAUCCCCUUGCUGCUCCUCUCUAGUUGUUGUGAGAUGAUGAACCACAUUGGUAACUGCUCGGUCUUCCAUGUUUACAGGAAGAAUGGGGUAGCUGAUUAUUUAGCCAACUGGAGUUAUAAUUUCGAUUUGGGGCUUUGUGUGUUGGAGUCUUCUCCUACUUGGAUUGUUUCAAAACUUCUUGAUUUGCUGGCUGUCCCUAGAACUCGGAUGGUUUGUUUAAACCAUUCUGAGUACUUUGUUUUGUUGGGGUUUUAUCCCCCCAUUUCACCAAAAAAUAAACCGGAAAAAAGAGAGUUGGAUUUGAUUCAAUAUAAA